AGUUACUACUUUCCCACAUACACGGGAGGUUAUCAGAACUUUUCGAACAACUAAAAAAUCGGAAGUCUUGAAUUCAACUAGAAACUUUCGAGGCAGUUUUAGUGAGUUCUUUUGUUUAGGGAGAGCUUGGGACUUUCAAGCGCCAACACCAUGAACACCGACACCAUCAACCUUGAGGACGACUGCAGUAACAUCUCCUACAACUCCAACAAGAAUGCAGAUAUCGAUCCGGACCUGGAGCUCCAGACCCCCUCCGAAUCGAAGCCACCGGCCACUCCCCAGACAGGGGGGCGCAAGCGGGUGGACACGCCCAUCCGGGUGCGGGACAUGAUCAACCUUUACAACUUUGCCACUCAGAAGAACCAGGAGCUGGAGAUGGCCAAGUCCCUAUACUUUGGCUCCAUGUCCAAGUCGGAGGAAGAGCAGCGGACGGAUCUAGAGGGCGGUAGCAGUCUUUGCAACGUGUCCCUGUCGGAGGAUAAAGAAAAAGAAAACGAGGGUAACCUUCGAGUGACCAAGGAGUCUGCACUCUUCCAGUCGCGCAAUGAUGAACUUACAGCUGAUCCCUGUGCAGUGCAAGCGUCCUACCAAAGCAAAACCACCAUUCGACACACUAAUCAAGGUGUGCGCAUCAUAAUAGACAUUUUUUUUGAUAAGAAGGAUAGCGAGAUAGACAUUGUGGGCAGCCGCGUGGAGACGGACAUUCCUGAGAGCCGCAUCUUGUCUGACUUCCAGCAGCAUUCGCUGGACAUGAAGAACCAGGAGCUGAAGCCGGGGAUCCAGGAUGGGCCGAGUACCCCAAAGUCCACAUAGGCUAAUCCCAGAUACCCAGGAGAUAACUAACUAAAUUCCAGGUUAUAACGGCUACGCUACGUUUAUAUAUGUGUUAUUUUCUUUAUUUUUGACAGCAGAAAAAACAAAAAAAAACAACAAACCAUA